UGGAAAUACCGGAAGAGUGAAGUACCGGAAGUGGGAGUCGGCACAGAACCGGCAGAGGGAACGGGAGUGGCAGUCAGCCUUCCUGCCCUGCGCCGGGCCGGAGCGCCGCGGGGCCGCCAUGGCGAACAUGGAGAAGCACCUGUUUAAUUUGAAGUUUGCUGCAAAAGAACUCAACAGAAACUCAAAAAGAUGCGACAAAGAAGAAAAGGCUGAGAAAGCAAAAAUUAAGAAGGCCAUCCAGAAGGGGAAUAUGGAAGUUGCACGAAUACAUGCAGAAAAUGCCAUCCGCCAGAAGAACCAAGCCAUUAAUUUCCUGCGUAUGAGUGCCAGGGUAGAUGCUGUCGCAGCAAGAGUUCAGACUGCAGUGACAAUGGGCAAGGUAACAAAGUCAAUGGCAGGGGUAGUUAAAUCCAUGGAUGCUACUCUGAAGAGCAUGAACUUGGAAAAGAUAUCUGCAUUAAUGGAUAAAUUUGAACAUCAGUUUGAAACACUAGAUGUGCAGACACAGCAGAUGGAGGACACAAUGAGCAACACUACAACGCUAACAACACCACAAAACCAAGUGGAUAUGCUUCUACAGGAAAUGGCAGAUGAAGCAGGUCUUGAUCUGAACAUGGAACUACCUCAAGGGCAGACAGGUUCUGUUGGUACAAGUGUUGCCUCAGCAGAGCAGGAUGAGCUGUCACAGAGACUGGCCCGCCUUCGUGAUCAAGUUUAAGUUAAACAGAGCUGCAUCCCUCUGUAUGUGCUUUCAGAAUACUCUGAGGUUACCCCUCCACUGCACUCGAAAGGUGUGCACAGUGUGGCGUAGGUGUUCAAAUACUUGUAACAUAGGGUUCUUCACUCCGAGCUUGUUCUGCUUUCUAAUACAUUAAGUAAUCCAGAAGCAUCAGCUCUCUUAAGGUCUUUUUCUGUACAUUUUGAAGUUGAUAUAUUUUUUGCAAGCUUUUUUCACUAAAUCAAGUUGAUAUUCAAAGUCAACCAGUAAUGUCGGAACAUUCUAGCUGAAAGAAAAGCAGAGUGGUAUUGAUAUAUAUUUUAAAUUAUGAAGUGAUUUUUUUUUUUUUUAAUUAUGAGAACUAUUUGUGGUAGGAGAACUGAUAUAUUCAGUCCUGAUGAUCGUAAUAGCCAACUUUCUUAUAUAGCCAAGCUCCUGGAACCUUAGAGGUGAACAGUGUGGACUUCAUGCAAGUACACUUGUUGAAAUGAAAGAGUGGACUUCAGUCUGUGAUGGUUUUAAUAUUUUAAAGCUACAGCAAAUGUUCUGGUUCAGUUAAAAAGUUACCUGAAGCUAUUUUCAUGUAAUUGGGAACUUGUACGGUUUGAUCACUUUAGUCCAGGAGGAAUAAAAUAUAUUUUUCAACUUGGUUGGUUCUGUUGAAUAUUUUAGCUUGCAUGUUGUUCAAUGUUGAGUGCUGUAGCUUCUCCGUUUUGCUUUUUUCUCAGUAUCCUGUGGUGCAGCCAGUAAUGCCACAUUUAUCUCUGUUUCGACCAACGUGGUGUGCAGCUCCUGCUCUCAGGGUGCUCCUGCUCUCUGUUCUCCUUAGGCUCAAGCUGAGAAACCUCAUAUGAGAUAACUGAAGCCUGCUUUUCUCCAUUCCUUGUCAUGCUUUCUUUUCAUCUACUCAUUUCUUUUUUAUUUAUAUGCAAGGAAAAGCGGUGAUCCUAUCCCAUACUUCUGCCAUAUAAGAAACACCAAAGUGCUUUUCCUCAGGUUUACAUCCUCACAGUCAUCCUUCAUAAGCCAAGGUCUCAACCUUGUCCUCUCCAACCAGGGCACACUCGUAGGUCAGCUUGUUUUCUCUGCUCAUUGCAGUUGAUCUGGUAUUUAUUGGAGAGAGCAAAAUGAGAACUGGGUGAGCAAGGAGGGCACACCUGCUGUGCCCCCGCUCAGCUGCUGGAUGAAUGCAUUGGUUCUGUUGGGUUAAGAACAGCUACCUUGUUUUGGGAGGUGUAAUAUUGCUCUCAGCAGGUGGAGUAAUGUGAUUUUUAAUAUUGAAGUCAUCUAUGGAGAUGGUGGUUUGUUUUAAUUCAUGUCCUUACACUUCCGCACAGUGAGAGAAUCAGACUGCCUUCAGGAGCUUCAGACUCCUGUGGUUGUGAAGUAGAGAAAUGGAGGUAAAAAUUCAUAGCAGAAACUACGCAGGGUGUGUUGUGGUAAGUGGUGAUGUUAAAAAUCUCUUCCUGACUUUUUUGGACUCAGUUUUUGUUCUUGUAGGGGUGAGAAAGAUGUGAAGGCUUAGAAUUAGUUCUUAAUUCACCGGUGCUGAGGACCAUGCAGACUUUCCAGCAUUGCUUUGGAGGUGUAGCAGGAUGUUAUGCACUGAGGUAUUCAGGGCAUAAAAUGUGGAACUCAAGAUUAACAAAGCAGCCUGAGAAGUGAAGUUGUAUCACCCAGGCUGGCAGCCUGAACUGAAGUGAUUGCUUUUAAAUGUGAGUUAUGCUAUCCCUUUUUUCCUGAACAGCAUAACAAAAUGGUAAAGAUGUAUCUAUGCAACCAAGUUACCCACAGCUGUGGAGGCUGCUGGUGUGUGUGCCUUUGUCCUGGCAAACUUAGUGUACUUUUUUGACACUCAGUUACUUCCUAUCUCACAACAGGACUGGAAAGCUGCUGCUGUGUAAUAAAUGCACAUCUGAACUUGCUUUGCAGCUGGUUGUUGGUAGGGCUGUACUGUAAGCUGCUCAGUCUUGCUUGUGUUUGUCAAUCCAUGUUACCUCUGCAGUGUUGUGUUGCACAGAGCUGGGCAGACUGUUGAUAAAUAAAAGAAGGUUGGGACUAGAAGGAAUCUUUUCCCUGCUGCUUUCACUCUGAGCGUUGCUCUGUGUGUGUUACCAGCAUCAUGCACCAGUUGCUUCUGCGUGUAGAUCUGCCUUCUCCUGGGGAAGGAGCCUUUGUGUGUGAGCUGCCCUUCACCACGUUGCAAGAGUUGCAUUUGUAAUGUGUAUAUCUUUCUCCAGUGUUUUGGAACUGCUGAACAUUGGAAGUUACCCUUAAAGCAAUAUUUGAUUUUGGUAUAGUUCUUCCCUUGGGGUUCUUCUGGAAACAUUUACUCUUUUCUGAUCCACUGUGGCUCCUUGCUUUUACAUUUCUGGUGUCUCUUGUAAGGUGAUGGUGUACUUCUGUAGAAGUCUGCUUUAUGUUAAAUAAAUUGUUAUGAGCAUUUAUGCAACCUCUUUACCAAAUAGUACUUGGGUAUUUGUACUUACGAGCAGGCACAUCUAAGGUGAAACAUUGCUUGAAAUGCUUCAGGAUGGUUUUGCUCACUGUUUAUUUCCUGGAUUACUUAUAGACAGUGGUUUCUUUGUGUUAUGCUUCCAACUGCUUGUGUCCAGGCAGUCUUCAUUCAUUUGGAUUCUACAACAAAGCCAUGAAAAGAAGCUGCUGAAAGGAGGGGAGAGGAAAGGAAGGAAAAGAAAUCUCAGUUCCAAUGGGAUAAGAUCAUCACCUUGCCUUUGUGGAGACUCUCAGAGCCAAAAACAUUGAGAAUUUUUGUUAUAUAUGGUCAGCAACAAUGUACAGAAACAAAUCCUGCAGUGGUGACGUUGUAUAGAGAAGAGAAUAGUUUUUGUAGCUUGGCAGUGUUGGUGGUGGGAACGGCUUCACUUGUGUGGGACAAUUUGUAACUGUAACUGCAACUGGUAAAUAAAACUGUACAGCCAAAUGA